AUGUCUGAUGACUCCCGUCAAAUAGACAGCGCCGUCUUCAAACAGAAGGAUGAGAUAAUCCAGACACCAUGCCAUGAGCAAAAUGCUCAAAUGCCCAAAUGCCCAAUUCCAAAUUCCAAAAUCCGAAAUGUUGACAACACCACCACCACCACAGACGUUCUCCGAGAAGAAGAUACUGAUGCGCAACAGCUAUACACGAUCCUAGGCGCACCAAGAUCUGCGUCGCCGGCCGAGUUGCGACGAUGUUACCUCGAACGAAGUAAAGUAUGCCAUCCGGACAAACCGCCCUUCCACGAAUUGUCCACGAGCGCCUUUCAGAGACUGGGCUUCGCUUUUGAUAUCCUCAAGUCCCCCAGCGCAAGAAGUACCUAUGACCGCGCAUCGAAGCCUACCUCUUCCCAACUACCAGACAAGACAACCUUUCUCGGCGGCGAGCAGACCUUUCGCAGCGCCGUCGAGGCCAUCCUGCACGAAUUCAUGACCGGGGACUUUGUCGUCGUUAAACGUUGUCUUGAAUCACUCCAUGUGCAAUAUCCCAAUCUGGUCAGCAAAGAAGUUGUAAUAAAUGUCGAGAAAAGCUUUAUCCGUAUACGAGAGUUGGUGUUGACAACGAGAACGUACGCGCUUUUGAUAUAUAUCGAGUUAGGUAGAAUAAACCGGGUCCAGAAACGACUGAUGGGGUUGGGAUAUUUCGAUGUCGUUGGACGAACACGACUAACGAUCCACUUGGUCCGAGUUACACUUGCGGUACCGAUGAGAGUCGAUCGGGCCUUGAAACAAAGAGAAGAAAAAGCGUGGAGAGCAAAAGUUGCUGGCCUACAAGCGCGGGGCAUAACGCCUACAGAGACUAUGGGAAGAGCUGGUAUCUUAAACGACAGGAUCAGCAAAGUCUUGGAAUUCAUCGUCGGUGCUGCUGGUAAAGACGAGAGCGCCGACGAAGCGUGGAGUUCAAGUCAUGGAAAAGCUUCGUGA